AUGACGUUAAUAAAAAAAUUACUUCUGGUGACUUUUGGAGUAUAUUCAUUGAGUGAUGUUGUUACAAGCGAAACGUUCAUAUUUGAUUCCUUACUAGGGAAGUUAAACGAUAUUCCUCAAUAUGCUGCAACUCUAGGAAAGUUGAAUUUCACAGAACUAAUGGAAAAGUAUUCUUUACUGCCAAGCAACAUAUCAGAGGAUGGCAAACGUAACUUUACAGAGUUAGCAAAUGCAUAUGGACAUCAAUGUGAAGAAUAUAACGUUACCACAGAAGACGGGUAUGUCCUUAAUAUAUUUCAUAUUCCAGGGAAAGGAAGACCUUAUUUAUUGAACCAUGGCCUCGUCGCUAGUUCUGACUGUUUUGCCCUCAGAAAAAAUAACUCACUGGCAUUUAUUUUAGCUGCAAAAGGACACGAUGUUUGGAUUGGUAAUACUAGAGGAAACGAUUAUUCAUUAAGUCAUAUCAAAUUGGAUGCUCAUAAGGAUACAGAGUAUUGGAACUUCAGCCUGCAUGAGAAUGGAUAUUACGAUUAUCCUGCAUUCAUAGACUUUAUACUAAAAGAAACUGGCCAAGAAAAGGUAACAAUUAUAGGACAUUCACAAGGUACAAUUAAUACAUUCGUCUUGGGAUCAGUCAGACCUGAAUACAAUGACAAAAUCAAUUUAUUUGUAGCAUUAGCUCCUGUGGCAUAUUUCAAACCGAAAGGUAUACUUAGGUCAAUCAUAGAUAUAGUGCCAGCGAAUAUGGUAUAUUCUGAAUUAAAAGAAUUGGGUAUAGUACAGUUUUACGGUGAUAGAGUGAUCAGAAAAUUUAUACAGAGUUUGUGUACACAAAAGACCGGCAGUUAUGAAAUAUGUUGGGAAACUUCAAUAUUUCCUUUCAUCGGUAAUGAUGCUGAAUCAUAUGAGCAAGAAUUUUCAAAUGUACUCGCUGGUCAUUUUCCACAGACUAUUCCUACAAAAACUGUAUGCCAUUUCGCUCAGUUCACUAAAAGAAAUAAAUUCGCUCAGUUUGACUACGGCACAGCAGAGAACGUCAUAAGGUAUGGUGCUACAACACCACCGGAAUAUGAUCUUAGUAACGUAACUAUGAAAGUAGCACUUUUUGUGGGAGCCAAUGAUUAUAUGGCUACGAUUGAAGGUGCAGACAAAAUAAAGGCUAAACUUCCAAAUGUAGUUGAAUAUGAAAUACUACCCCGAAAACAGUUCAACCAUUUCGAUUUUAUUUUUGGAAAUCGUGUCCAAGAAAAUUUUUAUCCAUACUUAUUUGAUGUCUUAGAUAAAUAUCCAUAA